UUUUCCAAAAUUUCCUCCUUUCUCCAGGCAACCAAAGAAACCUCUUCCUUUUUGUAUUUCCCUCUAAACUUGAGUUUCUCUGCACAGUUUUGAAUUUUUCUUUUUUCCAAUUUCACCUUCUCUACUAAAAACCGCUCUUUAUACUUCUCAUCAUCUAAUUCUUUUCUUUCUUUUUUUUUUUUCGUCAAAGAAUUUACUGGGUCUUACGCUAUUUCGCUGUCUUAAAGCUUGUUCUUUACUGGGUCACAGGUGAUUCUGUUCAUGGAGGAGCAAUUAGCAUCAUCAGUACACGCCACGGUCUUUAAAGAGUCAGAAUCUCUUGAAGGAAAAUGCAUUAAGAUUGAAGGUUAUGAUUUUAAUCAAGGAGUUAAUUAUUCCCAGCUUCUUAAAUCCAUGGUCUCUACUGGGUUUCAAGCAUCCAACCUUGGUGAUGCCAUUGGUGUUGUUAAUCAGAUGCUAGACUGGAGGCUUGCUGAUGAGGAUAUAACAGAAGAUUGCAGUGAGGAGGAGAGGGACCCAGUUUAUAGAGACUCUGUUAGAUGCAAAGUGUUCUUGGGUUUUACCUCCAAUCUUGUUUCUUCUGGCGUUAGAGAUACAGUUCGGUAUCUUGUUCAGCAUCAUUUGGUUGAUGUAGUAGUUACAACUGCUGGUGGCAUAGAAGAAGAUCUUAUUAAAUGCCUCGCACCCACAUAUAAAGGUGACUUUUCUCUGCCUGGAGCUCAACUGCGUUCAAAAGGUUUAAACCGCAUUGGUAACUUGUUGGUUCCUAAUGACAACUAUUGCAAAUUUGAGGACUGGAUCAUUCCAAUUUUUGACCAAAUGUUGAAGGAACAAUUUGAAGAGAAUGUUUCAUGGACACCAUCUAAAGUGAUUGCUCGCUUGGGAAAAGAAAUAAAUAAUGAGAGUUCAUACCUUUAUUGGGCAUACAAGAACAACAUUCCAGUCUUCUGUCCAGGUUUAACAGAUGGUUCUCUUGGGGACAUGUUGUAUUUUCAUUCCUUCCGCAGCCCAGGUCUUAUUGUUGAUAUUGUGCAAGACAUCAGGGCCAUGAAUGGUGAAGCUGUCCAUGCAAAUCCUAGAAAGACUGGAAUCAUCGUUCUUGGAGGAGGCCUUCCAAAGCAUCACAUAUGCAAUGCUAACAUGAUGCGUAAUGGUGCAGAUUAUGCUGUUUUUAUCAAUACAGCGCAAGAAUUUGACGGGAGCGAUUCUGGAGCUCGUCCUGAUGAGGCUGUGUCAUGGGGAAAAAUUCGAGGAUCUGCUAAAACUGUCAAGGUACACUGUGAUGCGACCAUUGCUUUUCCACUGCUGGUUGCUGAAACAUUUGCCUCAAGGAGAAAUGGGUAUGUCAAGACCAAAGCUUAAUUUGAUUUUAAACACGUCCUGGAGGUGAGUUAAUUAAGAUCCAAAUGGUGUUUUGAAUUAUUUUGUCGGAACCACAUAAAAUUUAGGAAUCUGAGAUAAUACAGACACUCGCAUAACACCUCUCUCUAGAGGAAGACAAAUUCACAUUGGUUUAGUAACUUGGACAGUUAGAUUAUUACAAAUAUCAUUUUUUACAAGGAUUGUUUA